CGUUCUCUUGAUGAGUACAUCAAGGAAAGGCAGCUGCUGCUCUUGUUCUUUUUUCCGCGCGAAUUGUAUGUCAGGGAAUAUUCCAUUGAGCAAGUCAUGGAAGUUUUGCAGCAUAUGUCUCUUGAUGAUGACAAACGUGUCAUCGACGAAGCGGCGCCAGAAGACGGGCUCAUGUUGGGCGAAGACGAUGUUUUCUAGCUCCUGUAGAACCAGUUCUACCACUAAGCCGGAGAUCGGGGAACCCAUGGGAGUUAUUUUAAGCUGUUCGUACGUUUCUCCAGCAAAGGUAAAGUACGUUUUCUGGCAGAAUUCGAAUAACCUCAUAAGGUUUUCAAUUUUGAGUGGGCAUCGAGCCUCAUCUUAUGUCUCUUCAAGUCUCUUGCGCUAG